GAGCAAAGCAAAUUAAAGGGCAAGAUGCGAAAUUGAGAGCUCCAUCUCUUCUUGAGAAGAGAGAGAGAGAGCCAAAAAAAUAAUAAUCAGUAAUUGGUCCCAUGGCCACUCUUUCUCAUCACCAUGGUCUGAGGUUGUUUAUGUUGUCUUGUGUUUUGGUUGGUGUCCUCUGCAAGGAUUUGGCUGAGACUCACCACACCAUUGAAGUCAGCUCUCUCCUGCCUUCUGCUUCCUGCAAGCCUUCUGCAACCAAAGGUGCCCGUAAAACUUCGUCGCUAAAGGUAGCCCACAGGCACGGCCCAUGUGCCCCGGGGAGCCAAAACCCCAACAGCCAGGCCCCACAGUUGACGCAUGACGACAUCCUCAGGGCGGACCAGUCGAGGGUCGACUCGAUCAACUCCCGGAUGACCUCCAAGCCACCCCUGGUCACAAGGCUCGACGAUGUGCGGGAGUCAAAGACAACGGACAUCCCGAGCAAGUCAGGUAGAACAGUCGGAUCAGGCAACUAUGUGGUGACUUUGGGGCUCGGUGCACCGUGGAAGCAGAUGACGCUGAUAUUUGACACGGGUAGCGACUUGACGUGGACCCAGUGCAAACCUUGCGUCAAGCAGUGUUACCAGCAGCGCGAGCCAAUGUACGACUCUAUGGCAUCGGCCUCUUACAGGAACAUCUCCUGCACCUCCGACGCCUGCUCUCACCUCACUACCACUACUGGUAUUGAUCCGGAUUGCUCUGCAUCAACUUGUGUCUAUGGCAUACAGUACGGGGACUCAUCUUACUCAGUCGGGUUCCUUGCAAAGGAUAAGCUAAGGGUGACAACUACAGACACGUUCGACAGCUUCAUCUUCGGGUGUGGGCAGAAUAACCAGGGCCACUUCGGUCAGUCCGCGGGGCUUCUUGGGCUAGGACGGGACAAGCUCUCGUUCGUGGAACAGAGUGCUGCAAAGUACGGGAGGUACUUCUCGUACUGCCUGCCAUCUUCCUUGAGCUCCACAGGGCACCUCACCUUCGGCAAGGGCAGCAGAGGAAGUAACGUGAAGUUCACCCCGCUGGCAACCAUCAAAGAGGCAGCCUCGUUCUACGGUAUUAACAUAGAGGGCAUUAAUGUUGGCGGGCGAGUCCUGUCAAUCUCAGCAUCAACUUUCUCUAACGCUCCAGCGAUUAUUGAUUCCGGGACGGUGAUCACCCGACUGCCACCGACGGCCUACGCUGCCCUGAAGAACGCAUUCAAGCAGGGAAUGAGCAAGUAUCCCAAAGCUCCUGCCCUCUCUAUACUCGACACCUGCUACGACAUGAGCGCAUAUACUACGGUGUCCAUACCGAAGGUGGGGUUCUCCUUCAACGGCGCAGGGAACAUUGACCUGGACCCAUCCGGGAUACUGUAUGCGACAGAUGCCUCCCAGAUAUGCCUGGCGUUUGCUUCAAACAGUGACGACACAGAUGUCAUCAUAUACGGGAACGUACAGCAGCAGACAUUCGAGGUUGUCUAUGACAUCGAGGCAUCCAGGAUUGGCUUUCUCGCCAAGGGAUGUUAAGUGAUCCCCAGCUUCGAUAACCCAAUCAUUGGGAUUUUAUACAAGUUCAAAGUGAGAACUGAUAGACAAAUAAGGUUUAGGUUAGGUUCUUCAAUAGAUCUUUGAGCUGACGAGGGUAUUGACCCUCUUGCUCAUGAUCCGAUCAGAUUGUAAUAAGCUUGUAAAAUUAAAAAUCAGAGUUGAAAUGGCAAAACACUAGUAGUUGUUUGUAAGCUGUUGCUGGUUCUUUUAACAAAGAACCUCGUUUUAGUUAUGAAGGGAAAAUAAAACAGGAGUUGAUGUCAAACCGUUAUGUAAUAUGAUGCCUUGGAAAUGUUAAUGUGAACGUGGAGUGGACUCUGUUUUUUCUUC